CCGCCCUUGACUAAUGAACGGUAUUAUUGCCCCAACUAUGGUAUCCAUGUGCGUCUAAAGCAUCCCCCGUGAGCUAGAAAUGCGUGUAGCUCCCCCAAUGUCCUGCACAAAGUUCCAUGUCUGCGUCAUCCUGUCCCUGGCUACAAGCACCCUAGCUGGAUACCUCCCGCAUCGCUACACUUUUGGCAGCAAUGUAGGCCUUGCAAGCGACGUUGCCCUAUACUGUGGUGUUGACCUCGGCAGUGGCGUUGGCUUCCCCAGCUAUGGUCUUAGCAACGAAAUUGGCUACUCCGGUCUCACCGACUUCGGGGUCGGCCAUGGGCUUCCCUGCGGAACAGCCGUCAGAUACGCUGUUGCAGCCCCAGCUGUUGGUCGUACCGUCUCCACUUACGAUGCUGCUCCAGGAGUGAUGGCUGCAAACUCUGCUCCAGCUGUCACUAACUACGCCACUGCUCCAGCCGUGUCCCGCUUCGCCACCUACCAGUCUUCUCCAGCUGUCGCUACCUACGCUGAUUCAGCCUAUGUCACCUCCCGGAGCGUCCGAGGCAUCACUGCUGCUUCAGAUGAAGCCCCUGCUAUCUCGCGCAUCACCACCUCCGAGUCGGCUCCAGUUGUCACUACCAACGAUGCGUCGGCUGCCUCCCCUGUCAAUUCUCGGAGCGUCCAAGGCGUCGCUGCUGCCUCAGCUGCAGACCCUGCUCUGUCGCGCCUCACCACCUCCGAGUCGGCUCCAGUUGUCACUACCGACGCUCCUCCCGCUGUUUCCCAUGUUACCUCCCGGAGCGUCCGAGGCGUCGCUGAAUCCUCAGUCGCAGCCCCUGCUAUGUCGCGCAUCACCACCUCCGAGUCGGCUCCAGUUGUCACUACCAACGAUGCGUCGGCUGUCUCCCCUGUCAACUCUCGGAGUGUCCAAGGCGUCGCUGCUGCCUCAGCUCCAGCCCCUGCUCUGUCGCGCCUCACCACCUCUGAGUCCACUCCAGUUGUCGCUACCAACGUAGCCCCAGCUGUCACCAAAGUUCUCCGGUCUGCCCCAACUGUCGCUGCUGCUCCAGCUGUGUCCUACGUGACAACCUUCAAGGCGACCCCAGCUGCCGCCACCGUCGUUCACGCUGCCCCAAUCACCACCUUCACCAUUGACCCAGCUGUAGCUGCAAUUUACGCUCCCCCACCUCGUCUGAUCACCAACGUCAACUACAUGCCAGCUGUGGCUACCGUUGGAUCCACUGCACCGGCCUUCGCUACCUACCAGGCCGCCCCAGUCUACGGCUACGGUGUUGGAAACCUCGGCUACGGCGCUGGCCACCACGGUCUCGGCCUCGGACUUGGUGUCCACGGCCUGAACUACGACUAUGGUCUUGGAACUCCCUCCUACUAUAACAACCGCUUCCACAGGAAGAAGUAAAUCAGUCUACCCUUCAGAAGAUAUGGUGCCUAAAAAAAGAACAUCUUGAGCUUGGGCUCAUUUGUUUAGGUUGUUAAAUAUAGUAGCAAAAUAAAUUUUCCUUGUACAAAAUGAGCUCAUUCAAA